CGUCCCCCCCAGCCUCCCCUCCCUCCCUGCCUGGGCAUGGCUCUCCCUCCUCCCCCAGCCCCUGUCGUCACCGCCACCGCUUCGAGUAAGAGCUGAGACAUCCUUUGCCGGAGCCCAGUCCUCCCCGGAGCCCUCCACAGCACAGCAUCCCAACCCCAGCACGGCACAGGGAACGGGGGGCUUCGGGGACCCCUCCUUGCUCUCCCUGCAGCAGAGUGCCGAGGACAGCCAGGGAGCGAUGGGGAGGCAGCGGCAGGGAAAGUUUCCCGGCUCUGCGUGAAGUUCCCACCAAAAAACCAAAAACACCCCUACCGCCUGCUUUUAAAAUGCAAUAAAUAAGUUAUUUAUUCUCGCUGCUUCCCUGACUGCGUGUCGGGAUGCCGGGAGCUUUGCCAGGCUUGCCGCCGUCACAGGCGUCCUCGGGUCCAGCCUUGAGCAUCCGCACGGGGCAGGUUUCCGCAUCCCUCCAGGAACGUGGUUGGCAAGUCCCGGUGAGCAGCGUUUUGCAGGAAUGAAAUCUGGGGCAGGCAGCUCAGCAGAGCACCGGCCACGCACCCACCCUGGCCCGGCUGUGUCGCUGCUGAGGCUCUCCCAGCCCACACCCAGCUCCAUCCAUGGCUCCCCCGGCGAUCGCUAAUGGUGGGGACACACAGGACACCCCGUUGGAGGUCCCCUGUGGUGGCCUUCCCUGCUGAGCCUCCUCUCCCACCACCUUCUCAGGUCCUUGCUCCACCUGGUCCCUCCUGGGGGGCUUUGCAAACGGCCCCAGGGAGGGGGUCCACGGGGGACACUAGUACAAGGAGGAUGGGGCGGCUGUCCCACAGCAUCAUCCCUCUCAUCGCGUGGUGCUUCGUCACCUUCCAGGCGGCCGCCUGCCUGCGGCAGCAGCCCGGCAGCCACGCCGAGGACCGUCUCUUCAAGCACCUCUUCACCGGCUACAACCGCUGGUCACGGCCGGUGCCCAACACCUCCGACGUGGUCAUCGUGAGGUUCGGGCUCUCCAUCGCACAGCUGAUCGACGUGGAUGAGAAGAACCAGAUGAUGACCACAAAUGUCUGGCUGAAGCAGGAGUGGAGUGACUACAAGCUGCGCUGGGACCCGGCAGAAUUCGACAAUGUCACCUCUAUCCGGGUGCCCUCUGAGAUGAUCUGGAUUCCUGACAUUGUGCUGUACAACAACGCUGACGGGGAGUUCGCUGUGACCCACAUGACGAAGGCCCACCUCUUCUCCAACGGGAAGGUGAAGUGGGUGCCGCCCGCCAUCUACAAGAGCUCGUGCAGCAUCGAUGUGACCUUCUUCCCCUUCGACCAGCAGAACUGUAAGAUGAAGUUUGGCUCCUGGACCUAUGACAAGGCCAAGAUUGACCUGGAGAACAUGGAGCACCACGUGGACCUCAAGGAUUACUGGGAGAGUGGCGAGUGGGCCAUCAUAAAUGCCAUCGGCACCUAUAACUCCAAGAAGUAUGACUGCUGCACAGAGAUCUACCCUGACAUCACCUUCUGCUUCAUCAUCCGCCGCCUCCCGCUCUUCUACACCAUCAAUCUCAUCAUACCCUGCCUGCUUAUCUCCUGCCUGACCGUGCUGGUCUUCUACCUGCCCUCUGACUGUGGGGAGAAGAUCACCCUCUGCAUCUCCGUCCUGCUGUCCCUCACUGUCUUCCUACUGCUUAUCACGGAAAUCAUCCCGUCCACCUCGCUGGUCAUCCCUCUCAUCGGCGAGUACCUCCUCUUCACCAUGAUCUUCGUCACGCUCUCCAUCAUCAUCACUGUCUUCGUCCUCAACGUCCACCACCGCUCCCCCAGCACCCACACGAUGCCCCGAUGGGUGCGUAGCUUCUUCCUCGACUCCAUCCCGCGCUGGCUCUUUAUGAAGCGACCCCUGGUGCUGCCUCCCCCCGAGGGCACCGCGGGGCAGUACGACCUCCCGGGGACGAGGCUCAGCACCUCCCGGUGCUGGCUGGAGACCGAUGUGGAUGACAAGUGGGAAGAGGAGGAGGAGGAGGAGGAGGAAGAAGAGGAGGAGGAGGAGGAGGAGGAAGAGGAGGAGGAGGAGGAGGAGGAAGAGGAGGAGAAGACAUACCCCAGCCGCAUGUCUCAAGCAGGGUCCCAUGGCCGCUAUGGCUGUGGGCGCCAAGGUGGGAAAGCAUCGGCAGGCUCAGCCCCCCGGGUGCCCCCCAAGGGGAAGGAGGAGGAGGUGGGCUCAGACGGGGGGCUGAUGCUGUCCCCCAGCAUCCUGAAGGCCCUGGAGGGGGUGCAGUACAUCGCAGACCACCUGCGAGCUGAGGAUGCUGACUUCUCGGUGAAGGAGGACUGGAAAUACGUGGCCAUGGUGAUCGACCGCAUCUUCCUGUGGAUGUUCAUCAUCGUCUGCCUGCUGGGCACUGUGGGGCUCUUCCUCCCACCCUACCUGGCGGGGAUGAUCUAGGGGCUGGGCCAGGCUGCGGUGGGGACGGCGGGCGAUGCACCCUCUCUCCUCCCCAGGGAGCGGGCACGGUGGUGCCUGUGCCCAGCUGGACCCUCGCCUCUCCCUGGGAGGACGUGGUUACAACCAUGGAGGACCCUCAGAUGGGAAAUGCCGGGUGAAGCAAGAGCUGUGCUGAGGGGUGACCUGGGGAUGGUGGGGAGGGACGGCUGCCUGCCAUCCUGCCCGGGGCGGCCGCAGCCGUCCCAGCAUCAAGAAAGGCAUGGUACUCCAUUGCUCCAUUGCUUGAGCGCAGGCAUCUAGAAGAGGCAACUGCUUCCUCGAGCUGCUACCCAAACCCAAACCCCAAGAGCUGCAUCCAACAUGCUGGGCAAGAAAAGGGGACCUCACAGCAUCCUGGCCCCCCGGGUGCUCAGGACCACGGGCUGCUGCGGUCCUGCAUGGGGCAGGCAAUAGCGCUUCAGAUGGUCUAUGCAGAAGGGGUACAGUCAUGGGAUGGAGGUCCCUGCUCAGCCACAUGGCUCGGGGGUCUUGGCUCUGCAAAGCCCAGCCCAGGCACAGACCCUCUGCAACCUGCUGGAACUUCCACACCAUCCCACACUGGAGCUUGGAGCAGCAGGGAGAUGGGAACAGCCAAACCAGAAAUGUGGGGUGGCAUGGGAGGGGGAGACCACCCUGCAGAAUGGGAUAACGCCCCCAGCCACAGCCAGGCGGUGCCCACGGACCCUGGGAGCUCAGGGGUGCUGCCUCGUGUCGAGGCUGGUGGACUUGGCUGGCACGGGGGGGCACCUGCAUGGCCAAGGUCCAUCCCGAACAAAUCCUCCUCUCCAUCCCACGUCAGACCCCAAACCGCCUGGCUCUGAUGACUGCUGGAACCCAGCUGUUAAUUCCUAGCUCCCAUGUACCCUGAAGGACCCAUACUCACAGAGCAUCUGCUCUCUUCUUCCAUGCCCUGAAUGACACCAGGCUUUUCCUGCAACGACUUCUCCUCUGGAGACCGACCCGUUGCGGUGCUGGAUGCAGUCCGAGGGGUUUCAGAAAACACUUUUGUGUUUUCAGGAGUGAAAUGGGCCAGAAUAAAUGGCGCCGUAGCGGGACAUACAGGUCCCGAGGGUUUUGUAGCCGCUCGUGCAGCCUCCGGUGCCGGCAGGCUGGCUCAGGCGCGCACACGCGGGGCUGGGAAAUGAGAUGUGCGAGGGAGCGAGUGCUCAGGCACGGCUGGGUGGAUGCGUGCGUGGGUAUACGUGUGUGUCUAACCCGGCACACACGGGCUUUAGGGCUCUGCAGAGCCCGGGGUGCGCGGGUGGGGAGAGCUCUCCUGUGAGGGUAAUUUCUGGCUUGGUUGGGGCAUACAGGGCUUCAGCAGGCCUCAUUGUGAUGGGGCAGGGGGGGAACUUGCUCCCCUUCCCAUGUUAACCCCUGCAGCCCCUCUCACCAGCUGCAGCCAGCACCCACCGCCCCUCUCAGCUCAGCCCUGCUUGGCUGAUGAAGCCACCAGGACUCUGGGGUGACCCCCCCCAGUGUGGCACUAGACCCACAGGCAUCAUUCUUUUUUGGGGAACCCAUCUUCAUGGCUCUGUUAUCCCUCAUAAACCACUUCCCAGCAGCCUCACCUUGAAUCGCCCAUGAUUUCCUUAUGGUUUUUGAAAAGCAAAAGUUUGCAGAUACUCUCAGUAGCAAGCCUUGGGGUGGGAGCAGGGGGAGUCCAGGACCCUUGCGUGGAUUGUGGGCUCAACAGGAGAGAAACGGGGCUCCAGAGAUGACAUGGGUGCAGGCAGACCCAGGUUCACCCCAGCAGCUCCCCUGCGGAUGCUGCCACUGGGUUGGUGCUUCCCCACGCCGGCAAGAUGGCUCAGAGAUCUGAGCAGCACAACCCUUACUCUUUCUAAGGAGGUGCUGGUGACCGUGGGACUUGUCCCCACGGUAUGGGGGUGACAGGCAAGCACAGGCACAGCAGGACCUUGUG